CCCAUCCGGAAAUCGAACCCAGCACCCCUGGCUUGCGAGGGGAAGUCCGGGAGGAUAUUCGAAUGGUUUUUCGAGGCUUUGUGUCCGAGAUCUUCCAAUGCUGAUCCUCAAAUCCUGCGCCAGUUCCCUGAAGAUUACAAUGAACCGGAAUCUCUCCAGACUCUGCCCAAGUUCUGCUUCCCCUUUGAUGUGGAACGGGUGCGAGAGAAUACUGUGGUCCAGCAAUUCACCUUCGCUCUGACGGACUUGGACGGGAUCCAGCGAUUUGGCUUCUGUCGUCUGGCCGGCGGCGGCAAGAGCUGCAUCUGUGUCCUCAGUUUCCUGCCCUGGUUUGAAGUCUUCUACAAGGUGCUGAACAGCGUGGCUGAUUACCUCGCGAAGGGACAGGAGAGCGAUGUGAAGGAGUUCCUGGGGGCUCUGUACACACAGGCACCCGUCCCAGCCGGUUCCACCCUCAACCUGGGCUUUCAGCUACAAGUGACCACAAGACGGUCCCUGAGAGAGCAGCGAAGCCCCCCGACACCCGGCACGUCAGGGCUUUCCUACUUUGUUGCCCCGGAUACUGGGAGUUUGCCCACCAUCCCAGAGAACAGGAACCUGACAGAGUAUGUGGUGGCCGUGAAUGUGAAUAAUCUGCUGCUGCUGUUUGCCAGUCUCCUGUGUGAGCGGCGUAUCAUCAUCACCAGCACCAAGCUCAGCACGUUAACGGCCUGUGUACACGGCUCGGCCUCCAUGCUCUACCCCAUGUACUGGCAGCACAUCUACAUCCCUGUGCUGCCCCCCCACCUCCUUGAUUACUGCUGCGCUCCAAUGCCUUACCUGGUCGGGGUGCACUCCAGCCUGAUGGAGCACGUGAAGAGCCGAGCCCUGGAGGAGGUGGUGAUCCUGAACGUGGACACCAACACACUGGAGUCGCCCUUCAAUGACCUGGAGAAGUUACCGGCCGACGUGGUCUCGGGGCUGAAGAUGAAGCUGAGGAAACAAUCAGGGACCACAGGGGAGGGGGUGGCUCGGGCUUUCCUCCGUGCCCAGGCCGCUCUGUUCGGGGGCUACCAGGACGCACUCCGAUUUAACCCCGAUGAACCUAUAACGUUCUGUGAGGAAACGUUCAUAAACCACAGAAGCAGCUCCAUGAGGCAGUUUCUACAAAACGCCGUCCACCUGCAGCUCUUCAAACAGUUUAUAGAGAGCCGCCUGGAGAAGCUGAAUGAGGGGAAAGGGCUGACGGACGUGUUUGAGGAAGAGAUUCAUCUGUGUGGCUUCUCCUCCGGCUGGUCCAAGUCCUACCAGAACUGGCUGCAACACGUUAAGAAGGGAGGGGGGGCUUUGAUGCACACGGUCCGGUCCCGAUCGCACCCCGCCGUCAGGAACAUCUACAAAUACGCUAAAGGACAAGCCAAGCUGGGGCUGAAGGAGAUGAAAAACCGACUGAAACACAAGGACCUGGAGCGGGGGGUGCAGCGCGGAGGCUCACUGAGGUGUGAGGGGGGGGCCGGGGGGAUGCAGCGGCGGAUACAGUCAGACUGUUUACAGAGCCGCCUGCCCAUCACACAGCACUUUGGUCAGUCUCGACCCCGUCGACCAGCACGGCGCUACACCAACGUGGAGGGCUUCCAGCGGCCCCCCCCUCUCAGGGAGGGGGGCAGUGUGGAUGUGACAGACGUCCCAUCGCUGGAGGCGGGGGAGGAGGAGGGGGAGGAGGAGAGGGAGGAGGAGGAGCUGGAGGAGGAGGAAGACAUGGACCUGCUCGGGGAGAUCUUCGAGACGCUGAGCACACGAAGCUCACACGAGCGCGGAGUCCUGUACGCCAGCCGCAGCCUGGACUGCUUCAGCCGGGACUCGGUCGAGGACAUCUGUGUGGUCAGGGCCAUGGAGCGGCCUCAGGGGUUCGGCAGGGAUUGGGUGAACUCCUUCUCCUCCCUCGAGCACAUCUCCCCCGGAUCCAGCUCCCAGGACCUCAGCGAUGGCCGGCCUCUCCCCAGCUCCAUUCCAGAGGAGAGCCCGGAAUCCUGCCAGCCCCCCGCGGGAGGGCCCGGAGCGACGGAGACCCCCCCCACCACUCCCCCGCGGAGCGGGGACAAGUGCACGGGGAUCUGGUGGGACACGGCUCCACACUGGCCCCCAGCGACUCCGAACCCGGGCCCCUGGAGCCGGCCCCCCGUCCCGACAGUGAGGAGCCGGCACCGGAGGGGAGUGGGGGGGGCUCCGGGCAAACACAGGGCCAGUCCAGCGAGACCCUCCCCCAGCCCACUCAGUUGUGAGGGGGCGACGCCUAUGCUGAGCGCUGGGGAGACCGAGCGGAGCCGAGAGGUGGCGGAGAGCGCGCGAGGGAGGGGGGCGCUGACGGUGCAGGAGGUGGGGAGCACAAACAGCGGCACACAAACCCCCCGGGGGCAGGCGGUGGCCAACCGGCCCGAGGCCCUGAGGGUCAAACUCCGACCGACCACGUCCCCGGCUUUGCUGGGAUCUGCCCCCCCCUCCCCCCUGGCCGGGCAGAGUCUCCCCGGGACCCUGGCCCCGAAUGGGACACCUCCGCGGGCCCCCAGCCCCCAGCCAGACCCAGACCCCGAUAACACUCCUCCCCCUCGGAAGGUCUCCGAGCUUAAGAAGCGAUUCGAGGGCUGA